AUGGAAAGCCGGGCUGCUUGGGAGAAGAUCAAUGAGCAACGCCACCAGGAACAAGAUGAGAAUGACCAGUCAAGUCUCUUCAAUGGAUGUGGUAUGCUCCGCGUUCAACCCACCGCCUAUCUUGAUCCGCUUGAGCGCGAGACCUUGAGCAACCUUGAGCGAGAUUGUCUGAGAUACACCCAAUUUGUCAAGAGUGACUCUACUGACCGUAAACGUGCUGCUGAGCGUGGUUGGAAUGCCAAGCUUCUUGACUUCGAGAUUCCACAGGUCUCGCCGGUGCAGACCUAUGAAGCUGUGCUUGACUCUCUUGCAGGGUUCACGAAAUGCAGUGAGGCGUGCGCCUACUAUUACAAGCUGGCCCUCCGUCAAGGUGUCAAAUUUUACUUUGGUCCCGAAAAAGGUGCCUUUGAUAGUAUUAUCGAGGAAAACCAGUCAGUACCAGGCCUGAAAAAAGCGGUUGGGCUUUUGCCUGAAUUAUCCUAUCAUCUGGAGUCUUCAGCAGGCAGCGUGAUUACCUUCAAAGUUGACAAGAACGAUUCGGCUCUUUGGGACAAGUACUCUCCUGAGCGCUUCCCGGUCAUUGCUUGGAGAAGCGCCCCACGUAAUCCUAUCGGAAAAGACACAGGCAGCGUUUAUGUCCUCCCUCGAACCGAUGAUGGCCUCAUCAAAAUCGGGUUCCGUGGCAUCAAGUUUACCAACUUCAAACCUGCCCCUUCUGAGGCAGACUUCAAGCAAGACGGAAAGUGGUCGAUUCCUCUGCCACCCGCGGACUGCCACGUAGUCCCUGAACCAGCCAAGGAAGCCAUCAAGAAGUUUGCCUCGAUAUUCCUUCCAGAGUUCGCUGGCACGGACUUUAAUUCGACUAAGCUGUGUUGGUAUACUGACUCACUUGAUAAUUCCUUCGUUAUCGACUAUGUGCCCACCUUUGCCGACGAAAGCGUUUUUGUAGCGACAGGAGGUAGCGGUCACGGUGCCAAGUUUCUCCCUGUCCUUGGCGAGUAUGGAGACCAGAGCACCUCUUUUAUGCGGCCGCAUUGGCGUUGGCGGGAGGGUGCUAAAAGAGGCAACGGCCUUGAAGAGGGGCCCGAUGGGCCGAGGAACAUUGGAGGAACCAAGGCAUAG